AUGAUGCCAUCCGCGCACGUCUACGGCCACCACCAGUUUAAUCCCCAGGCGGAUUCGUCCUGGAUGCACCAGCAGGCGGGCCAUCACCAGCAACACGCCCACCAGGCUGCUGCCGCGGCUGCCGCUCAGCAACAGCAGCAAGCUCAGCAACAAGCUCAGCAACAGCAAGCCCAGCAGCAACAGCAUCAGCAGCAACAGCAGGCCCAACAAGCCCAGCAGGCUCAGCAGCAGCAGCAGCAACCUCACUAUGGACGCAUGCCCGGUGGCCACGCCAACGUCAACAAUAGCAUUGCUGCCUCCCACGGGCAGGAUGGCGGGCACGAUAACAUCUCGGAGGACAACCGGAGGACAAUGGCAUACAUCGCGGACCUUUUGAGCGAGAAUACCAGAGAAGCAGCCCUGUUGGAGCUCAGCAAGAAGAGAGAACAAGUGCCCGAGCUGGCGCUGAUAUUGUGGCACUCGUUCGGCGUCAUGACAUCUCUUUUGCAAGAAAUCAUUUCCGUCUAUACGCUUCUCAACCCUUCGCAGCUCACGGCAGCUGCAUCAAACAGAGUGUGCAACGCGCUAGCUCUGCUCCAGUGCGUGGCAUCUCACAACGAUACACGAACCCUAUUCCUCAACGCGCACAUCCCUCUCUUCCUCUACCCUUUCCUAAACACGACGUCCAAAUCGCGACCGUUUGAGUACCUCCGCCUGACAAGCCUAGGCGUCAUCGGGGCCCUAGUUAAGAACGACUCAUCCGAGGUCAUCAACUUCCUCCUUACGACCGAAAUCAUCCCCCUCUGCCUUCGAAUCAUGGAGACGGGAUCGGAGCUCAGCAAGACGGUUGCCAUCUUCAUUGUUCAGAAGAUAUUGCUAGAUGACAACGGCCUCAAUUACAUCUGCGCCACCUACGAGCGUUUCUAUGCUGUCGGCACUGUCCUGAGCAAUAUGGUUGCUCAGCUGGUCGAAUCCCAGACUGCUCGCCUGCUUAAGCACGUGGUGAGAUGCUUUCUUCGAUUGAGUGACAAUGCCAGAGCCCGUGAAGCUCUCCGCCAAUGCCUCCCAGAGCCCCUGCGGGAUGCCACCUUUUCGUCUGUCCUCCGUGACGAUGCGGCCACUAAGAGAUGCCUUGCUCAACUUCUGAUUAAUCUCUCCGACAAUGUUGUGGACCCUAAUUCUGCCGUAUCUGCCCUUUAG